AUGACUUCAACUAGCCUGUUAAAUCUGAGUGAACUGAUUAAGGAAGAAGAUCCAGAAGUUUAUAAACUUAUUAAAGAAGAAGAAUACUUUCAAAUUGAUUUAUUAAAUUUACAUCCAGCAGAUAAUAUAAUGCCUAAGUCAUGUCAAGAAGUAUUAAGGAGUAUAUUAACGAAUAAAUACUCAGAGGGAUACCCAGGAGCUAGAUAUUAUGGUGGUACCGAUAUAAUAGAUAAGAUUGAGAUGACAUGUAUUAAUAGGGUGAAGAAACUAUUUAGAUUAGAAAAUAAAGAAUCACCUUUUGGUAAUUGGAAUUUAAAUGUACAAGGUUAUAGUGGAAGCACUGUUAAAAUGGCUAUCUGUAUGGGAUCCAUUGAAUUAAAUGAUCAUAUUAUGACAUUUUUUAAUAGAGAAGAAUAUAAGACGGUAAUUGAGAAAUUUUAUCAUGUUAAUUAUUAUAGUUUGAACUCUUCAAAGGAAUACUUUGAUAUGGAUGAUAUAAUAACUAAAUUCAGAAUAUUUAAACCUAAAAUAAUAUUUAUUCCAUCACAUGUAUUACCAAAAGCAAUAAACUUUGAGGAAUUCAAAAUAAUAUGUGAUGAAUUUAAGACAUUGUUAGUAGUAGAUAUUAGUGAAACAGCUAUAUUUUAUGUAUAUAGUUUAUAUGGCGAGGAUUACUCAAGAUAUAAUCCUUUUAGAUAUGCUGAUGUUAUAUACUCAAAUACACAAAGCAGUCUAGGUGGUCCUAAGGGUGGUAUAUUAAUGGUAAAUAGUAGUAGAAAUCCAGAUUUAUUUAAUAAAAUUAACUCAGCACUAUUUCCUGGUUUACAAGGUGGUCCUCAUAAUCAUCAAAUUUGUGCAUUUGCAGUACAAUUACAGAAUAUGUUAGUUUCUGAUUUCUCUACUUAUUCAAAGAAAAUAAUAGAAAAUGCUCAAGUAUUAGCUCAGACCUUAUUAGAUAAUGACAUUCCACUUCUUUUUAAAGGUACAGAUAAUCAUAUGGUAAUAAUAGAUUGUAAUGAUAAGAAUAAUAAUAUUCCAUAUGUAAUAUUACAUAGAUCACUGAAUUGGUGUGGUAUUAAUCAUAGCACCAUAUAUUUAAAUGAAAGUGAUGCAUAUAUUAGAUUUGGUACUUAUGUAUUUACAGCUAGAGGUGGUGAUUGUGAAACAAUGAGAACUAUUUCAAAUUUGAUUGCAAGAUGCAUAAAAGAAUGCCAAAAUUUAAUUGUGGAUGUUGAAUAUGAGCAAGAUAUUAUGAAAAAGAUAAUAGAUAAUUACAAUUUAAGGCAAAUUAAAGAUAAGAUCUGUGCAAUAAUGAAAAAUUUGGAAUUUCCUGAUCAGAUUUAG